UACAGUACAUAUUCCGUACAAUUGACCACUAAAUGGUAACACCGGAAUACGUUUUUCAACUUGUUUAAGUCGGAGUCCACGUUAACUAAUUUGUGGCGCUAUUCCCCGCACCUGCUUUGUUUUCGCAAUCAAGACUAUUUAAGUUGUGUGUACGCUAUUCUUCUUUGUGGGGACAUUGUUGAUUGCCAUGUCAUGUACGGAUGUACUUUGUGGACGCCGUCUCUGCUCCACACUCUAAAACAAAAAGAGCAGAUGAACUAUGAAUGCUGAAAAAAAUGAUCUCCCUCCACCGCCAGACAAUGAGGAGUCGUAGGCUGAAGGGGGCACUGUCCAACCCCCUUUUUGUGGUCCUCUUGGCCCUUCAGAUCUUGGUGGUGGCCGGGCUAGUCCGCGCGCAGACCUGUCCCUCCGUCUGCUCGUGCAGUAACCAGUUCAGCAAGGUCAUAUGCACCCGCCGCAGUCUACGGGACGUACCGGAUGGGAUCUCCACCAACACCCGUUACCUAAACCUCCAAGACAACCUCAUUCAGGUGAUCAAGGUGGACAGUUUCAAACACCUGCGCCACCUGGAGAUUCUGCAGCUGAGCAAGAAUCACAUCCGCAGCAUUGAAAUCGGCGCCUUUAAUGGACUGGCGAGCCUAAACACACUGGAGCUCUUUGAUAAUCGACUCACGACAAUCCCCAACGGAGCAUUUGAGUAUUUGUCCAAGCUAAAGGAACUGUGGCUUCGGAACAACCCUAUCGAAAGUAUACCAUCUUAUGCCUUCAACCGGGUCCCCUCGCUCCGAAGACUGGACCUUGGGGAGCUUAAACGUCUCUCCUACAUUUCCGAUGGAGCUUUCAAAGACUUAAGCAAUCUGCGCUAUCUGAAUUUGGGAAUGUGCAACCUCAAGGAAAUCCCAAAUAUCUUACCUCUUGUAAGACUUGAGGAACUGGAAAUGUCUGGAAAUCAGCUGUCGGUCGUCAAGCCGAGCGCAUUUACAGGACUUGUGAACCUCCAGAAGCUAUGGAUGAUGCAUGCCCAGAUUCAAACCAUUGAGAGGAAUUCCUUUGAUGACUUGCAGUCUUUAGUGGAGCUGAACCUCGCCCACAACAACCUGACCUUUCUACCCCACGAUCUCUUCACGCCACUCCAUCGCAUGGAACGGGUCCACCUUCAUCACAACCCGUGGAACUGCAACUGUGAUAUCCUGUGGCUCAGUUGGUGGCUGAAGGAGUCCGUACCUGCCAAUACCAGUUGCUGUGCCCGUUGCAACAGUCCGGCGCUCUUCAAAGGACGCUACAUCGGGGAAUUGGACCACAGCUAUUUCCAGUGUGACGUCCCUGUCAUAGUGGAGCCACCUACCGACUUAAAUGUGACAGAGGGCAUGGGCGCGGAGCUGAAAUGCCGUACGAGCUCCUUGACGUCUAUCAGCUGGUAUACACCGAAUGGCUCUCUGGUUACGCACGGGGCUUAUAAGGUGCGUCUAUCGGUGCUCAACGACGGAACGCUUAAUUUUACCAGCGUCACAAUGCAGGACACCGGGACGUACACUUGCAUGGUCAGCAACACAGCGGGCAACAUCUCCGCCUCCGCUGUGCUCAAUGUCACUUCCGUGGAAAACAGCGGGGUGACCUAUUUUACCACGGUCACAGUGGAGACCAUCGAGACCCCCGGCGAUGACAGCCACACGCCGCUUCCACCCUUCGGCUGGGUGUCGUCCUCCACAACAAAAAGCACUCCUGUUCCGACAAGGACCACAGAGAGGACUUACACCAUUCCCGUUCUCGAUCUGGAUGGGGAACGAGCUCUCAACGGCCUGGACGAGGUGAUGAAAACCACCAAGAUCAUCAUCGGCUGCUUUGUGGCCAUCACGCUCAUGGCCGCUGUUCUGCUCGUUAUUUUCUACAAAAUGAGGAAGCAGCAUAACCAGCAGGAUCCUGACGGCCCGGCCUCGUCUAUGGAGGUCAUUACUGUAGAAGAAGAGCUCGCGGGUGUUGCUGCUAUUGACAGACACCUAUCGCUGCCCCCACUGGAGCACUACAACCACUACAACACCUACAAGAGCACUUACCAUCACCCCUCUAUGCUCAGUACCAUACACAGCUCUACCACACAGGAACAUUUACUGAUUCAAGCCUGUUCUAAAGACAAUGUACAAGAGACCCAAAUCUGAAGUUGCAUUUAUCAGCAGUUUCGGACACCACCGAGAGGAUCAGCGUGAUGUUAACGCGGCACAGUUAAUGUCAAUAAAAGUGCUGAAUCAACAUUUGGCAAAGGGACCACUAAUGAUACUUUAUUAAGUGUCUUCAAAAAACAAAGAUUAUUUAUUGAAAAAGUAUGUCCGGUGACUAAUGAAAAACAAAUUGUGAUAGCUUUUUAGCUUGUUUUCUUUCUCUAUCUGUAAUGUUGCACAAGGAAAAGAAUGGUUUACUAAACGUGAAUAUGGAAUGUUGGCCUUCCACUGAAGUGAGUUUAAUAUCAUUGUUUUUUUGUGAAGGGAUUGGUUUGACAUUUUUAAAGGGGAACUGCACUUUUUUUUCCAUAAUGCCCAUCCUCCACAAUCCCUAUGUGAAACAUGAGUACAUGUCUUUCUCCUUACGUGCAUUCUAAAUAGUGACAAACUGCUAGGACGGGGCGGCUAACAAUGCAGGUAAAUGGGGUUCAUCUCCUCCGUAUAAACCGUAUUUUUCGGAGUAUAAGUCGCUCCGGAGUAUAAGUCGCACCGGCCGAAAAUGCAUAAUAAAGAAGGAAAAAAACAUAUAAGUCGCAUUUUUUGGCGAAAUUUAUUUGAUAAAACCCAACACCAAGAAUAGACAUUCGAAAGGCAAUUUUAAAUAAAUAAAGAAUAGUGAACAACAGGCUGAAUAAGUGUACGUUAUAUGAUGCAUAAAUAACCAACUGAGAACGUGCCUGGUAUGUUAACGUAACAUAUUAUGGUAAGAGUCAUUCAAAUAACUAUAACAUAUAGAACAUGCUAUACGUUUACCAAACAAUCUGUCACUCCUAAUCGCUACAUCCCAUGAAAACUUAUACGUCUAGUCUCUUACGUGAAUGAGCUAAAUAAUAUUAUUUGAUAUUUUACGGUAAUGUGUUAAUAAUUUCACACAUAAGUCGCUCCUGAGUAUAAGUCGCACCCCUGGCCAAACUAUGAAAAAAACUGCGACUUAUAGUCCGAAAAAUACGGUACACACUUCACAAAGAUGUAGUAACUGCCCUGACCACAUGAUGGCGACAAAUACACAUGUAAUAAUGUUAAUUAAACAACAAGCAAUAAGCACAACCCACUUCAACAACCAGAGUUCACAACUUUUAGUUGUGACAGAACAACUUCAGUAUUUUUGUGAAAAAAGAAUGCUACUUUUACUCCGUUACAUUGAGUUUCAUUUAGAUCGUUACAUAUAUUUACAUCAUCAUUUAUAAUCUAUUGAUUAAGACUUGCAAAGACGCAUUCAUUUGUCAGCGAGCCUUCUUCCGGCAGGCACUGUCACAUGACCCCGUUUCACCAAUCCAAGGUAAGCUCUAGUGGCGUUUGACCCCACUCCACCAAUCAAACGGAGCCUAUCAUUAUAACUUGAUAGAAUUAACAAAAUAGAAACCUACUUGUGUUAAUAAGUGCCCGAAUGUUCCCAAAAUAAGGCACUUUCAUUACGUGACAUGGCUGUUUGAGAGAACUGGUAAGCAGAAACCUCCAAAACGAUCAUUUUGUAUGUCUCUUAAACACGUUAAAAGAUUUACAACAACACCCGAUAGCAGUGGAAAUGUGUAGUUAUCUGUUGUAUCCGAAGCCUGAAAGUUACUAGAGCUAGCUUAUUAGCAUCUAGCAUUCUCUUAUUCUACUGUAUUUAUAUUCCAACAUAGCUAAACAAGAUGAAAUGACCACAAUCGCCCCCUAGUGCACGAGAGGCACACUGCGUAUGGCCAAUAGUCACAUCCCAGCAUUGUAACAACGUUUAUUAUACGUACAUGUCUUUAAAAAACUGACUUUGCAACAACGUUGCAAAAUAGUUGUAUUUGUAAAUUGAGACAUCAUUGAUGUCCAACGUUAGAUCCACGUUGUUGGUUGGGACACAACCUGACAUCGAAUAAACGUCGUCAAAAAGCAUGUCGUUUCAACGUUGUAUUUGUGUCGUAGAAUAUCGGUUGGGAAAUGACCAAAAUUCAAUGGUCAGAGCCCAACAUUGAUUAAACGUCGUCAAAAAGCAUGUUGUUUCAGCGUUAGGUUUGAGUUGUUCAACGUCAGGACCUAAUUCAACAUGUGGUCAACGUUGCUUUAAUGUCUUGCGCCUGCUGGGUUUUGAGAUAAGAGGAUGGAAACAGCAACUUCACAUGUAGCUGUGAAAAUGGAAGAAACCGAAAUAUUUGACAAAUCAAACUAAUUUAGUGCAUUAAAACGUACUGACUGUAAAAAGUGACAUGUCGUCAGACAAGGCAGCGCAAACCUUCAAUAAUUACAUUCAAACUAGUAAAAAUGACAUUUGUAUCAAGUGCUGUCAUCCGUGUCAGUAGAUAUGUUCACUUUUCAGCCUACAAGAAUUCCACUUCCAACUAGAAUAAAUUGUAUAUGAACAUUAUGUUUGACACUCACAUAUAGCUACUAAAUAAAUCAGAAGUUGCUCAGAAGUUACUCAAUACUUGAGUACUUUUUUCACGGAAUACUGACUUACUCUUACCCAAGUAAUUAUUUUGAUGACUACUUUUACUUUUACUGGAGUCAUAUUGUUCUAAAGUAACUGUACUCUUAGUUGAGUACAAUUUUUCAUGCUGAAAUGACCAAAAUUCAAUGGUAAAAUCAACGACAGGACCCUACGUCGAUUAAACGUCGUCAAAAAGCAUGUUGUUUCAACGUUAGGUUUGAGUUGUUCAACGUCAGGACCUAAUUCAAGAAAUCAGACUAAUUUAGUGCAUUAAAACGUACUGACUAUAAAAAGUGACAUGAUGUCAGACAAGGCAGCGCAAACCUUCAAUAAUUACAUUCAAACUAGUGAAAAUAACAUUUAUAUCAAGUGCUGUCAUCCGUAUCAGUAGAGAUGUUCACUUUUCAGCCUACAAGAAUUCCACUUCCAGCUAGAAUAAAUUGUAUAUGAACGUUAUGUUUUACACUCACAUAUAGCUACUAAAUAAAUCAGAAGUUACUCAGAAGUUACUCAAUACUUGAGUACUUUUUUCACGGAAUACUGACUUACUCCCACCCAAGUAAUUAUUUUGACGACUACUUUUACUUUUACUGGAGUCAUAUUAUUCUAAGGUAACGGUACUCUUAGUUGAGUACAAUUUUUCAUGCUGAAAUGACCAAAAUUCAAUGGUUAAAAUCAACGACAGAACCCAACGUCGAUUAAACGUCGUCAAAAAGCAUGUUGUUUCAACGUUAGGUUUGAGUUGUUCAACGUCAGGACAUAAUUCAAGAAAUCAGACUAAUUGAGUGCAUUAAAACGUACUGACUGUAAAAAGUGACAUGAUGUCAGACAAGGCAGAGCAAACCUUCAAUAAUUACAUUCAAACUAUUAAAAAUAACAUUUAUAUCAAGUGCUGUCAUCCGUAUCAGUAGAGAUGUUCACUUUUCAGCCUACAAUAAUUCCACUUCCAGCUAGAAUAAAUUGUAUAUGAAUGUUAUGUUUUACAUUCACAUAUAGCUACUAAAUAAAUCAGAAGUUACUCAGAAGUUACUCAAUAUUUUUUUC